AGAUAUACAUUUCAUAAACAAUUAAUAAUAAACAAUAAAUGCUUAAUAAUAAGCAUAUGGUGUUUUGAUGUGUUAUUAAUAAUGAAUUUAUUGUUGGUUUAGGGACCUUUCCAUCAGCAGAUGAACAUACUCUAGCGUUCAAAAAUGAGACUGUCCAUCACAACAGAUAGAGUUUGACAGACAGUCUUUCUAGCCAAUCAGCGCCUUGCACAAGACAAACGCGAACCCCCAUGGGGCGGGGCAACAUGCACAGAGCAAGGAACCGAGGCCAGACAAACGGUACAUUUCCACAUCCACGAUCAUCUUUACGUCAAAAUAUUUAGCAAACAGUGCGUCGCACUAAAUAAUACUGCUUCGCUGCGGUGGGAAACGCAUUGUGAACACCGGGAAGCUUCCGUGGGGCCGACGAACGCUGCACGAGGGAUUGCCCAACUGCAGCGCGCGAGGAGAGGUUCGGAAACGGCUGGGGAAAGAAGGCCUCCCUUCUGCGCUCUUAGACCUGCGGGGAAAAGUGAAGAGCGCCGCCUGACGACCGCCAUACAUCGGGGUGGCUCGCUCAGGAGACAGCGGUGCGCUCCAUAAGCUCUGGCAAAAUCUGAAGAGCGCCACCAACUGCUCGCCACAAGGUUAUUUUGAGGUUUAGGAUUCGUAUUGAGCAUAAGAAUGCAUCCUGAACCCAGAGACUGUGAGUCAUAACCCCAGCACUGCAUCUGCUCUUCAGCACACCAAGACAUUUUGCAUCUUAACAGGUUUAGAACUGUGCCGUUACCAUGAGUGAGCAGGAAUAUGUGGAGCAUCAGUACAUGUGCAGUGAGUGUCAGCAGCUCUUUAAUACACUGGAGGAGGUGCUGGUGCAUCAGCAGAUCCACACCGGAGCAGAGGGGGACGAGGUCGAGGUCCUGCCGAGCCUUGAGGACUGUGAUGCUGGGGAGAGUCAGUAUCAGUGCCUGGAGUGUGGAGCCAUCUUGAGGAACCCAGAUGAACUGCUGCUGCAUCAAGAGCUGCACAUGAGAGAAGCCGGCCAGGAGCUAUGUGAGGUCACAGAGGUGGAUGCUGUUGAUGCAGAAGUGCCAAUCCAGUACCAGUGUUUGGAAUGUCUGGCUCUCUUUGAUACACCUGAACUGUGGUUGGCUCACAGACAGACACACAAUAGAAGCAGCACCCACAGCAGCUUGAGCACUGACACAGAGUAUGUUCUUCAGGCAGAUGGUUCAGUCACUCCAGUUCAGUUGCUCAAUGUUCAGAAUUUAGUGCUGGAUGAACAGAAGGCAGGCCAGAUCCUGACCUUAGCCCAGGCUCUUCGAGAGCAGGAAAAUCCAUCUAAAACUGCAGCCCCUCCCAGAACUAUGCUAGUGCCAGCAAACGCUUCCCUUCCUGGCUCCACCUCUGCAAUGCUCCGCCUGCAGUUCUGCUCCGCCCAAGCGAUCGCUGAUGGUUCUGCUUCAGCUACUCUCCGCAAAGCAAAACUCCUCGCCCCUCUCUUACCUGCCGAUCCUAUCCGGCUGGACAACAUGACCACUUUGAACCUCCUCCCUUCCUCUGGUCAGGUGAACACGGUAAAGAAGGAAAAUGAGGAGAUUUUAAUUAUCCAUCCUUAUGAGUGUUCUGAGUGUAAUCUGCUGUUCAGCACGCCAGAGGAUUUCCUUCAACACCAGGGGGAGCACUUCUUGGGCCAGGACAAAGAGAGUGGGGACACUGGGGUGAUGGUGGGGUAUGAAGACAGUUCUGGCUCUAAGGAAGAUGAAGGAAGAAGCGAUGGAUCAGAAGAGGGCAGCAAAAUUGCCAAAGUUAUUGCUGGGAGGCGUACGUACACGGCCCGCUCAGCUGGUUUGGGGUUGACGCCGCCACCCAGCAAUCUUCGAUGUGAUGAGUGCAAAAGAACAUUCACGUCUGCCAAUCGUCUUGUGGCACAUCUUCGAGUACAUGAACAAGGAACACACGAGUGCCCAGAGUGUGAUAAAGUGUUUAAGAAGUUGGUGUCCCUUCAGACUCACAUGCGCACACACUCUGGUGAGGCACGUUUUCUGUGUGUGGACUGUGGACAUGGUUUUACCACAGAAAUGACUCUUAUGAUACACAGGAAAUCCCAUACAUCUGAGCCACUGCACAAAUGCCCAUUUUGUGCCAAAACUUUCACCAACAUGACCAAGUUUUUGUACCAUCGGCGUACUCACCGAGUACGUGAGCCGACCGCACCAGUCUCUCAGUUUGUACUGGCCCAGCAGUCACCUCUCUCUAUCAUCCAAAGAGCAAGAGAACGAGAGGCUGCUUGGAGGAAAGAUAGACAGGCGGUGACAUUUCCUCCUGUGAAAGAUGACAGAAAAGAGUCCAGCGACACAGGUCCUGUUCUCAUUGAAGGUAUUGCAGUGGUUUCCCAGUCUUCAGAGCCAACAGAAAAUGGGCUUCACACUGAACUGUCAAACUCAGAACAAACCCAAAAUGGAGGGAAAGUACUGACAGACGACCCCAACUAUUCAGCUACUGCCAAUGUGGAAGAAGGAGGCGGAAUAGAGGAAGAAAGUAAACAUGGGACUCCUGCUGCGGAGGAAGAACCAAAAUUCCCUUGCUCGAUUUGUAAAAAAAGAUUCUCCUCUCAGGUCCGUCUGUUGCGUCAUCGCCGAACCACUCAUACGACCGAAAGACGCUUCAAAUGCAGCAUCUGCGGGAAACCGUUCAAGAAGCAGAUCCAUCUGCGAAACCACCUGCGCACGCAUACAGGCGAGCGACCAUUCCAGUGCAGCGUAUGUGGAAAGACCUUUUCCUCUCUCGCAAAUCUUUCCCGGCAUGGACUCACACACACGGGAGUCCGUCCGUAUCGGUGUGACAUUUGCCAUAAAGCCUUCAGCCAAUCUUCAAAUCUUCGGCAACACCGUCAGCAUCUUCACAGCAACGCGACACCUUCUCCCUGUCCAGACUGCUCGGCUACUUUUAUCCGUCCUGCUAAACUUGUAGCUCAUCGUUUUCUUCACCACCCAGGGUCACCGGCACCUUAUCCUUGUCCGCACUGUUCUGAGGGGUUCUUGCGGAAGCGUCAGCGAGACCUACAUUGCUUGGAGGAGCAUCCUAAUCUGAUACAGCCACAUAGCAUCUCCCAAGACUCCCAGGAUAGCAGUCAACAGGGCUCGACGGAUAAUACAGAGCAACUAAGCGCUCCUUCAAUGGCAAAACCUAAUCUGGAUUGCACUAUUUGUGGCAAGCGGUUGAACUCUCCUGCAAAUCUCCGCUUGCACCAACUAAGUCACGGACUUGGGCCCGGCCGGCCACGAGGCUCCAGCUCUUCCACUGGGAAGUCUCAUCCCUGUCCGGUCUGUGGCAAACUCUUUGGUUCAGCCUCAAGUGUUACACUGCACCAGAGAGUACACACCGGUGAGCGUCCUUAUCCUUGCGCGAUCUGCGGAAAACGGUUUCGCCAGAACACGCACCUGCGGGAGCACCUUCGCACACAUUCAGGCGAGCGCCCGUUUCGGUGCGAGUUCUGCGAUAAGGGCUUCGUGCAAAGCAUGCAUUUGGCUGAACACCGGCGUACACACACGGGUGAGCGGCCGCAUGCUUGCGGUGAAUGUGGAAAGACCUUUAAGACAGUUUCCAAUCUUAGGAACCAUCGUAAAACCCACAAUCGCACUCAAAAACAACCAGAGCCAGAAGUCAGCGGAGAAGCAGUGGCUGCAGAAUCUGAGACAGCAACUGUUGCUGUUGUGGAAGCUUCUGAGAUGGACCUGACAGCAGCCGUACCAGCCUUCUGCCAGCAAGAGGUGCAGCUUGGACAGUCCCAAGUCAUUCAAAUUCAGACAUCCAACCUGACACAGACUCAGGGAACUCCCACUAUCAUGUGUAAUGAGCUCGGAGAGACUAUAGCCAUCAUUGAGACCAGCGGAGAUCUGGCAGAGGCCAUCGAGCUGUACCACACGGCACUGGAGAGUGGCAUCAAUAUGGAGGCCAUCACUGUGGACAGCCUGCAGUUAAUGUGAAAAACAGGGCAGCAUUCCAGGGCCAUCAUCUUGGAGAUUUGAAAAUUGUGAUUAAAAGAAGAGCAUAAACGGACGGGCCAGAACAAGUGUGAGAGAAAGUGUUUGAAAUUCAAGGCAUUGUAUUAAGUUCCAUUAAGGUCAUUGAAUGUGUGAACAAGCAUACCUCAAAAAGCCACUCUAGACCAUCCUUUCAGAUAUUUUUCAGCCUUUUUUUUUUUUCAUUUUUAAGACAUUUUUCGAAAUAAUUUCAGCAAACAAUCUUAAAAGAGGGCUGAUUUUAGAGGAUGCAACUGAUAAGAUGGCUCCUGUUUUAGGACUAGAAAUGGACAGUCUGUCUCACUAAUGACACACUGCAUGACACUCUCAUUCUGACAUUUGGACAGAGGCAGAUGGAGGGUAUGAAGGCACAGAUUUCAAAAAUGAAGAACUGCACCAGUGGAGCAGGUUGAUACCACAGGAUUGUGUGUAAUGAUUACUGGUCAACGUUCUGACCUGCAAUUCUUGUUAGGAGGUAGUUUAAGGGCAUUGGCCUGAAGAACAAUACAACAGGGCAGAGGAAUCAUCAUUGUGGACAGCUAUUAUGCACCAUCACUGCAACAGACAAAGGAUUUCUGUGUAUUCCCAUCUCUCAGUCUGUACACUGAAUGUUUGUAGCAUUUUUAAUGUUAUGAUGCUGAUUUGGAGAAGUGUUACAAAUAAACUUAAACAGUUCA